UCCCAAAGCCGGGCGGGAGCUCGUCGGGAGCAGGUGGGGAGGGCCGGCGGCGGCGGCGGGGCCGCCGGGGCUUGGCCUCCGGGGCCAGAGCACUAGUCCCCACCUCUCCCCUCCUCGCCUGCCCCCCAUGCCUACCAGACUUUUGCCUUGGCCGGGGCCCCCGACGAACCAGCCUCACCUCCCUGUCCGGCGGGGAUUCGGGGGCUGAGCUGUCUGGGGUCCCAGGGCCAAUGCAGUGCCGCCUCCUCCGGGGCCUGGCGGGAGCCCUCCUCACCCUUCUGUGCAUGGGGCUCCUCUCCCUACGGUACCACUCGAGCCUGUCCCCACAGGGCGUGCAGGAGACCCCCAGGCUGUGCCCGCCAAGCCCUCUGCCCCAUGAGCUGCAGCUGCACGAUGUCUUCAUUGCAGUCAAGACGACCCGAGCCUUCCACCGCUCCCGCCUGGAGCUGCUGCUCGACACGUGGGUCUCCAGGACCAGGGAACAGACGUUUGUCUUCACUGACAGCCCAGAUGAAGGCCUCCAGGAGAGACUGGGGUCCCACCUCGUGGUCACCAACUGCUCUGCUGAGCACAGUCACCCCGCCCUGUCCUGCAAGAUGGCUGCUGAGUUUGACACCUUCUUGGCCAGCAGGCUGCGGUGGUUCUGCCACGUGGAUGAUGACAACUACGUGAACCCAAGGGCACUGCUGAAGCUGCUGAAAGCCUUCCCACAGACUCGCGACGUCUACAUAGGCCGGCCCAGCCUGAACCGGCCUAUCCGAGCUUCUGAGCCCAGGCCCCACAACCGCACGAGGCUGGUACAGUUCUGGUUUGCCACCGGGGGUGCUGGCUUCUGCAUCAACCGCGAACUGGUUUUGAAGAUGGCCCCGUGGGCAAGUGGCUCCCGCUUCGUGGAAACAUCCGCCCUCAUCCGGUUGCCCGACGACUGCACCGUGGGCUACAUUGUCGAGUGCAAGCUAGGCGGCCGCCUGCAACCCAGCCCCCUCUUCCACUCCCACUUGGAGACCCUACAGCUGCUGGGGGCUUCCCAGCUCCCAGAGCAGGUCACCCUCAGCUAUGGUGUCUUUGAGGGGAAGCUCAAUGUCAUUAAGCUACAAGGCCCCUUCUCCCCCGAGGAGGACCCUUCCAGGUUCCGUUCCCUCCAUUGUCUCCUCUAUCCAGAUACUCCUUGGUGCCCACAACUGAUGGCCAGAUGAACCCUGAACAGUGGGGCAAAAUUUGGGCUGAGGCUUCUGGUUGUCCUUGGUCUCCCCAGGCAGCCCUGGGGACUUGUGGCAAGCGCCUUUUGUGGGGGAGUCCCUGGCCAGGCCUCUGAGUGGUGGGUCAACCCAGGAUUGGAUGGUGGCUGGCAGUGAAGGCGUGGCAUCCUAGGCCUCUGGGAGGUGGGUUGGACAGCCCAGAGAACAAGUGCACCAGGGGAGGGCCUGAGAGGCCCCAGGGGCUGGGCUUCUAUGGGCCUUGGGUGGCUGAACUGAAAAAGCACAGAGAACCCCUGAAGCGGGUUGGGGUUCAGGGUUCCUAACCUCCAGAGGAUCACAUGGGCCCUGGGGUGGGGUCUGGCCUCCACCCCCAGCUCUGGUCUCUGUCAUUCCCCUGGGGUCAAGCACUGGGCCAUCCAUUCCGAGCUCCUUCAGCUGGAUCUCCAACCCCUGAGGGGGCCCAGCUGGAAUAAGGACAGAGCCCAGGGCCUGGGGCAGGGACUGUCAUUGCUGACCAGUGGCCAGCUCCUUGCUCCGACCCCUGGCAAACAGAUCCCAUUUCGUUUGGGGUAUCAGCGUGCUCAGACCCAGAUGGCGGAUGGUGAUGGUUCCCAGCCCAUCGUGACCGUCCUUUUGCUCACUUUCCCAGCCUCCCUUGCUCAGUGUGUCAGUGUGAAAUAAGCAAGGCCAAUGGAGAGGCUCCUGGGGAAGAUUUUGUGGCCUUGUACCCAUCUUCAUGCUGUGAACGUGGGUGUGAUGUCUGGAUCU